UUUUCACUGGUCACUCGCGCACACAGGCAAAGCAAAGAGUGCAGUGCUGUCGCCAUGGCGGUCGGGAAGAACAAGAGAAUUUCGAAGGGCAAGAAGGGAGGGAAGAAGAAGACUGUGGAUCCCUUUGCUAAGAAGGAUUGGUAUGAUAUCAAAGCUCCAUCAGUCUUUAAUGUGAGGAAUGUGGGGAAAACCCUAGUUUCAAAACAGGGAACCAAGAUUGCAUCAGAAGGUCUUAAGCAUCGAGUGUUUGAGGUUUCUCUUGCUGACCUUCAAAAUGAUGAGGACCAGGCUUACAGAAAGAUCAGACUUCGUGUGGAGGAUGUUCAAGGAAAGAAUGUCCUGACGAACUUUUGGGGUAUGAAUUUUACUACUGAUAAGCUGAGAUCACUGGUCCAGAAGUGGCAGACGUUGAUUGAAGCACAUGUUGAUGUGAAAACCACUGACAAUUACAGUCUACGUAUGUUUUGCAUCGCAUUCACUAAGAGACGUCCAAAUCAAGUGAAGCGCACUUGCUAUGCUCAAUCUAGUCAGAUUAGACAGAUUCGCCACAAAAUGAUAGAAAUCAUGGCAGCUCAAGCUACCUCAUGUGAUCUUAAGGAUCUUGUACAGAAGUUCAUACCGGAGGUGAUAGGCAAGGAGAUUGAGAAGGCAACCUCAAGCAUCUAUCCUCUCCAAAAUGUAUUCAUUCGCAAAGUAAAAAUCCUCAAGGCACCAAAGUUUGAUCUUGGGAAGCUUAUGGAGGUGCAUGGUGAUUACAAGGAAGAUUUGGGUGUGAAAGUGGACAGACCCGCAGAUGACAUUGCAGCUGAGGGUGAAACAGAAGUUGCUGCUUGAAAAUGUGACACACUUAAACCAAAUUCAGCAAAAAUAUAAAUUGUUCUUGCUCAAUUCAUUUCUUAAGUGGAUUUUAUCCAUGUUAUUCAUCUUUUUGAUUUCCACCCAUUUUCUUUUGAGGUUUCAACAUUGCCAAAAUUUGGCAUUAGCUUUUUUAGCGGAUGUUAUGUAAGAGCAAUUUUCCCUAUUCAAUCCAGGCAAUUCCCUGAUGGACAAUGGUUUCCGAUGUCAUUUUCUUAUGGUUUCUACAAUUAUGGACUAUGGACGUUCUGCCAUGAGGAAUGCAUUUGGUGUUUGUGAAUUCUA